CAUCGUUCUUUCUCGCAAUUUACCGUCGAAGACGCCAUUAUCGUUCUCCGAGACAGGGGCCGAGAUUUGGGCAAUAGUUCGAGUUUUGCAGCGCCAAACAUCACCAACGCGUGUUUGAAGGUAUUUCUUUAUAUCAGGCACACGUAUGAAUGAAAAAAGUCAUGGAAAAUGAUCACAUGUACUCAGAGAAUGACCACAGAAGAGAACAGCAGUGAUGGAAUGACUUCUGUGUCCACUGCACCACUGGUAGUAGAACACAUGCCACUGACCAUUAGCCAGCUAACAGACAAUUCUCAACCUGAGGGGGUCAUUGCUUCAGAUGGUGUUCUCACCAUUGCAGUGGAUACAAACAAUUCUGUACUACAGGAGUCAUUCUCUGGUAGUGACCAGGAUUUGAAAGAAGAACCUCCCAGUAAGAGGACAAGAUAUGACACAGGGAAUGGAGAGUUAUCACAGGACCAAUCCAUUAAGAGUCUGUUGUUUACAAUAAACAAAGCUAUCUGCAUGCGAUUGGAUGGAAUCGAGAACAGUAUAGAAAUUCUGAAUGGUAGAACUAAGUUUCUGGAGGAAAAAUUAGAGGAAUUGAUCGGUCACGUAAAGGAGAAUUCUGCCACAGACCACAAUACCACCCAAACAACUCCUAAUGUGGGAUCCAUAGUACAGGCACAGACCAAGGGUGCUGUGUUGGUAGGACUUUCACAAGGAGCAAAAGUGGAAUCACAGAAUCCAAUGAAUGGUAUUGGAGGAGUAGAGAGUCUACAGAACAUGGGACUUGGGCCUAAUGUGACACUUAUUACACUGAACUCAGAAGAGGAUUUUCCUCAUGGUACCUGGCUUGGAGAUGAGACAAAUCCCGAAAUGAGGGUUAGAGUUCCUAUUACCCCAAGUGAUUUGCUGCAUAUUCACUCCAAUUGUCGAACACCAGAGAAAAUGGCACUGACAAUGUUGGAUUAUUUAUUUGAUCGAGAAACUCAGGCAACAUCAAACCUCUCAGGAAUGGGAAAAUAUGGCAAGAAGCAGCUAGACCCAUUAAUGAUCUAUGGCAUCAGGUGCCAUUUGAUCCACAGGUUUAACAUAACAGAAAGUGACUGGCAUAGAAUCAAACAAAAUGUUGACUCUAAAUGUCGGACAGCAUUCCGGAGGAAACAGCGAGGAAUGCCCUUGACAGUGAAAGCAUUUCGCGGGAAAGCAACACCUACAUAUGUUCAGAUGAACCCAGCAGAUAAUUCUCUUAGUGAUGAGGAUUCUAUGCAGGACUCAGAACUGCACAUCAAUCAAGACCAGGACCUGAAGCACACUGUUGCUGCUAUGACAGGGGAUGGACUUCCUCCAGGAGAGAUACAGAUCCUACAUGCCACACCUGAACAAAUCUCACAGCUACAACAAGCCCACCAUAUACAAAUUUUACAAGGAGAUCAGGUCAUACAGAUGCCUGUUGGGGUACCGCUUUCUCAGGAUGAUGCACAGAAUAUGCAGGUGUCUGUCUCUAUGCCUCAGCCCACCAGCGUACAAGUUGCUACAGUAACAACAGACAGCGGGGAGGUACUACAGAUUCAGCAAUCCUAGCACCCCUAGUGAAAGCCCCACCCCUCAGUAUUAUUGAGGCACCAGGAAUAUAGAGAACGAUUCCAACAAACUAUGUGUUUCACCAAUGUCUUAAUAAACACAGUCAUACCACCUGAAGAGAAGUUACAUCAGAGUAAUGAAGGUUUUGUCCACCUGUUGUUGAUAGCAAAGGCCAGUGCAGGAGCUGAAAGAAGGAGAAUCUUGUACCAGCAAGACUUGAAAUAGAGUGGAAUUCUGCCUGGAUCAUUUCUGUUGUGUCUAUUGUUGUAUGAUGUACUAGGAUUACAGUGCAAUGCACAUAUUUCAUGUUCAUUGCUUAAUAUUUAUUGAUAUGUCUUAUCAUGAAAAUCAACUUGCUUAGACAUAAUAUUUGAUGUCCUUUACAAAACAGCCACUUUUAGGAAAGUUAUUGACAAUGUAUUGCAAAAGUUAUAUUAACUAUGAAAAAGGAGCAAAUUAAGUUAAAGGAUAGAUUAUCUGUACAUACAGGUAUGUCAAGAGAACUUUUUUUUCUCCGAGGCCACAUUUUUUUUUAUUAGUUCUUUUUCAAGACUUUUUCCCUAAAAAUUGGGGUGGUAGGUAGGUAAAAAAAUUAAAUAAAAGGAAAAAAAUUAAGUCAGAAUAGAAAUUAAUCUCAUCUCCUGUCGUCCUAAAAAUUAAAAAAAAAAAAAAUCUAAAAUUGCAAUUUGCAAUUUCAACCAGUAACUGAAUUAUAUUUCGGUGGCUAGAGUUGGGAUCCAACAUCUUAAACAUCUAUUCUGAAAUAGAUGCAGUUGAAAUUCAGUAUCUCGAAUACCAUGGAUAUAUUGAAGUGAUUUGGAAGUUCAAACCAUAUACUCCUUUAGUUUUUUUAUCUUUGAUAUUUGGAAUCCUCGGAUAUCAGUCAUAGUUUUUUCUUGGUCCCAUGGAGUUCGAGAUAAUGAGGUUGAUUGUGUAUAGGAUAUCCAAAAUACUAAUAAUCUUAGAAUUAUUAGGUUUGAUAUUUAAAAAAUACCAAAAGUCUUUUUUGUGAUAUCUACAAAAAAUAAAUAAAUAAUAAUAAUAAAAAUCAUUAAAAAAAAAAAAUAAUAAUAAAAAAUAAGAAAAACAAUUUUUUUUUCUUCUAAAUUUGGGUUGGCCAGUCUUGGAAAAAAAAAACUAAUCAGAAAAAAAUUGGCCUAAAUGACUUUUUUUUCUUGUUUUAAUACAUGUGAAAGAGUAUUGUUGAUUAUUUGAAAUUUUAUUACUAUGGUUAAAAAAAGUUUUUGUGCUUUCAGUCAAAUACAUGUUUUAUUUUGAUAUCGAGCUUUAAAUAUACAUGUGUAUUUGCUAGUUUAUUCAUGGAAUCAUUCCAGAAAGAAGAUGUUUUGUGCAUGAAAACUUUGAUCUGCUAUAUUAAAUAUAUUAGAUUACUGCCAAAAGUCUUUUGCAGAAUUUAUCUGUAUCAAUUCAAAUGGUUUGUUAUUUUGCAUACAUUUGAUAAUACACAUGUAUAUUAAUUGUAAGCAAAGUGAUUGUUCAGGAAAUUUAUCACUAAUUUCCACACAUUUAUCAAGAUUACAUGCAAUUUAUAAAGCUUGCUUGUUGGUAAACAAAGAUUUUAUGAAUAUUAAAUUGAAAAUUUAUUAUUGAAUGCCCUUGAAUGUCCACAUAACGGGUUUCAGUGAAUAGAUGAAACUUGCUAGAAGACACUUGUGUGUCAUGUAAAAUCUGUUAUCAUAUUUAUACCUUGAAGUAUUUCAGUAAAUAGUGUUAUCCCCAAUGCUCAGGCAGUGUUUGGAUUCCUAUUGAAAGAUGUAGAAGUCUCCAAACUGUAUGUUGGAGUUGAGUAAUUUCCCUUUUACUCAUGAGAUCUGAAGGUUUAAAAUAUAGCAGUUUUCAGAAUUGCUAUAACUUUGACAAAGAAGUAUAAAAACACUUGAUUGCCAGUUGAAAUUGUUCACCCCUGGCACUUUGCUAUAAGCAUGUUUUACUGUAUGUAACUUCAAGUUCUGUUGACUUGACAGAGUGGCUUGAGUUGGAAGGGUACAUACAUGUACAUUAUAUUUAAACAAAGUUCAUGUACAUUGUUUAUAAAAAAAAGUACAAUUCUAUUUAAAUAGUGCUACUUAAUACAAAACAUUACAUUUUUAAAUAUUUGUAUUUCGAUGUUUAAUGUACAUAUAUUUAUGUUAUUUAUUAAAAGUACAACUGUACUUUGCUCAAUACACUUCAGAUUAAAAUGUCAAAAUAC